AUGACCAACCCCGUCGCCGUCAGAGACAAAUUCUACGAGGACCUGCAUGCCCUCUUGGCGACUGUGUCGAAGGCGGACAAGUGGAUUGUCCUUGGCGACUUCAACGCCCGCGUCGGCACAGACCAUACUGCCUGGAGGGGAGUGCUGGGUCCCCACGGUCUCGGCGGCUCCAACGACAACGGCCUGCUUCUCCUCCGCACCUGCGCAGAACACCGCCUCAUCCUGACGAACACGUUCUUCUGUCUGCCGGAGUGA